AUCCGACUUGAGCGUUGACGGUCUGUCACAUUUCACGCUGACACCAAGCGAACAGUGGGCGCAUACACACACACUCACAUACACUCACACGCAGGGCUCACCAUAUUAUCGACAGAUCCGAGUCAGGAGUACAGUCGAGGAGAACACAUUGAAGUGACUAAAAGCUUCUUCUGUGAGAGGAAACGAGAGAAAAAAAACACAGAAAAAAAAGAAACAGAGGAAAUCCCCCGAAAGGAAAUGCCAAUCGCAGCCGCUGGACAGCCAACGACUCAGGAGCCUAGAGUUUGCUCCCGGCUGCCCUCCACCCCGGAGCCUGUCCCUAAAGGGGCUGAUUUAUUCGACGAGGCGGGGGCGGCGGAGUCGGCGGAGCGAACAGAGUACGGGGGCGCAGAGGGGGGCAGAGGACUCGGGGGCUAUAGUUACAGCCAGAGCGGCGCUAGGGGCUUUGUACAACCCGGAUCCAUCAACGGCUCUCCGCCGCAGUCCCCAGCCGCGUCCUCCUCCUUUCUCUUCCACCCCCUUCACCCCCACCAAAUGGCCAUGGAGCCCCCACGGACUCGAUCGCGUUCUCGGUCUGGAUAUUACCAGCAGUAUGGUGGUGGAAAUGGCAAUGGGAUUACCGGCAGCGGAGUCAUGGGAUCUAACCAUCACCACCACCAUCCACACCACCACCCCCACCACCACCACCUUCAGCAGCAGCAACUACAUCCACAGCAGCAGCUCGGUGCCGGUUGCGCACCACUUGGAGCUCACGGCAACCACUCGGAGAACCAGCCGCGAGCCCCAGGAAGUAACCCCUCUCCCGGCAUUCAGAGGCUUUCUUCGGUUCCCGGAGCGCACCGCAUCCCGGCGGCAGGAGCCUCUGGCGGGUCCUACCACUGCCACCCAGACCAUGCAUAUGGAGAAGAGAGUGAUAAGAGUGAAGAAAGCCCCAGUCCAAAGCGCCAGAGGCUGUCCAGUCAGUCUGUCUUGGAACAGCUAACCUCAUCCGCCCCCCCACCGUCCACCCCAUCUCCCCCCAUCCGGCCCUGGGAGUCAGCACCCCCAAGUCGGAGACAACCUCACCCCCACACACACUACCACCAGGAGAGAUGCCUCACUCCUGCUCGGCACAGACGCAGCCCGCCAGCAAGGCGUCAGCGCGGCCGUCUCUCCAGACCCACCCGUCACUUGCCUCCCCAUCACCACCCCACCAGCCAAGGUCCCACACCUCGCCUGUCGCCAUCCGAGCUCCAGGAUGAAAACUACCACCGCAACCUCCAUGCCUCCACACACCAGACAUACCCAACGCACACACCCAGCGCCUAUGGUCAGCCUCCCACAGCUGGGGGAGGGGGGGCAGGUUUGGAGGAGCCCCGAGCUUUCCACCCCCCCACCUUGUCGCCACGACUAUUGCACCCGGCUGCCCACCACCAUCACCAUCACCAUCAUCAUCAGCAACAGCAUCAUGCGACGCAACAGCAGCAAGGAGCCAUGGUCAUGGACUUGCAUGAACAGCUGCAGCAAGCCAGUGUACCAGUCUCAUACACAGUGACCCCAGUCCCUCCACACGGUCUCGCAGCACCUUUGUGUAGCAGCCAGCACCUACCCCCUACCUGUUCUUCACAACAACAAGUCCCCGCCUGCAGCGUGGUCUUCAGCACUGGACAACACUACCACCCGAUGCUACAGGCAUGUUCAAUGCAACAUCUGCCAGUGCCCUAUGCCUUCCCCUCGCUGCUGUCCAGUGACCCUCAGUUCCUGCUUCCCCAUCCACCCCACCUCUCUCAUCACCCAGCCCACCUCCCCACACCCGGACAGUUCCUGCCUUUCCAGACACAACAGCCACGAUCGCCCUUACAGAGGAUCGAAAAUGAGGUUGACAUUCUGGGAGAGCAGCUUUCAGUUGGUGGGGGCUUCAGCUACGCCCACCAUCACCACCACCAUCACCACCAGCCUCCCUCCACCCUGCCGCCAUCCACACCACUCCAGUUCCUCUCACACCAUGACCCCCUGUCGCAGGAGCUUUUUACAGUGCCCUAUCCCCACUUUAUGCCUCGCCGAUUCACAAGCCGGCGGUACCGCUCUCAGCAGGCUGUACCCCCAUCCCCCUACCACCCCAGCUUCCUGCCUUACUUCCUGUCUAUGCUUCCUGUGCCCCCAAAUGUGGCCCCCACUAUCAGUCUAGAGCUGGAUGUAGACGAUGGAGAGGUGGAGAACUAUGAGGCCCUGUUGAACCUUGCAGAACGUCUAGGAGAGGCCAAGCCCCGUGGUCUAACUAAAGCAGAUAUAGAACAGCUUCCAUCAUACAGGUUCAACCCCAACAACCACCAGUCUGAGCAAACACUGUGUGUGGUGUGUAUGUGUGACUUUGAGUCCCGCCAGCUCCUGAGGGUCUUGCCCUGUAAUCACGAGUUCCAUGCCAAGUGUGUAGACAAGUGGCUUAAGGCUAACAGAACCUGUCCCAUCUGUCGAGCUGAUGCUUCUGAGGUCCAGCGGGAUUCUGAGUGACGUCAUCAACACCGAACACCCACAAUCCCUGACUACCUUUUGGAUGCACCAACUGAUCAGUGAACUUCUCCCCCUCUAUCAUAAACCUCCGCUCACACAUAACUGGGACCAGUGCUCCUUAUUCCUUAACCCCUUUAUCCCCCAGGACACUGAACAGUAAUUCUCACCUGGGAUCAGCAACUUCCUACUGACUCCUGCUCACUUUAUUGCUGGACUUCCUAGGCCUUCUGUUUUGGACUACUACACCCCUACUACUCUGCCUUCUGCCCAUGGUUACUCCUUACUACGAAUGGCCUUUGAAACACAUACACCCAGUGUCAUGUGCAGGUGCACAUAUAUAAGUGUAUUUUUUUAAACUUGUUAUGAGCCCUUCCAAACUGAGGCGACCUGUUCAGUCCUCUAGGUGAUGGACAGAGAAAAAGACUCAUGUAUAGUUGUACUAACAAACAUUUAGGGAGAAUUGGCAGUCCAAAGAUUAUGAUAAUGUCAUUGUUGUUAUUAUUCUGGUCAUAAUUAAGCAUCCACAUCUUGGCUUACAGAGACUCAUUUUUACUAGACUUAUUAUAAUUGCAGUUGAACAGUGUCAGUCCAUUUUAAUUUCUGUUUAUAAUGUUUAUUCUUGCAUUCCUUGGCGUGAGAGCAGUCUGUAUGGGGUGAAACAAAGAUACUGUACACUGUGAGUCAAAGAGUGAGCUACUUUGGAACAGUGAAAAAUAUACUUUAUUUUCUCUAUACGUGUCUGUGUGCCUGUGCGUGUGCCUGUGCGUGUGUGUGUUAAUCCUGUGGUAUUUAUACAGUUCAUGUGGUACAACGCAUUGACUUCGACAAUACUGUUGUUUUCACUAUACUUCAGAUAGAUUUAGACUCACUGGAGGUUGAAGGUAAACUCAGACCUACCCAAGUGUAGGACCAGGAACACCUCCAGGGAAGCAACAACAAUGCUUUUGUGUCAUGUCAUCACGCUCUACACUCUUGACUCCACCACUCCAUGUCUGCCCAUCUUCCUUGCUCUCGUUACAAAUUAGUAAAGGCUGGAGGCUUUUGAAAUACUUUUUUUUGAUACUGUACGUCCUAUCCUUAAAAAGACGGAUCAUGACUAUUUAAAUCUUUCUUGACAUAUCCACUAAGCUCUCCCCCAGGGGACAUUAUGUGAAUACAGUUGAAUCUUACAUAGCUGACAAGGUGGAUGCAAAACAUUCAUUAAAAAUCUCGCCAAAACAUUCAUACAUGCUCAGUUUACUAGCUUUCUUAUGGGAAUGAGGCCUUUAAAAACAUGUGUCUAUAUAUGUUCAGGUACCCAAGCAGCUUUGUGUAAGCGUUGGUAGAUACAGAUGCAAUGUUUUCUCCAUCACUGACAAGGAACAAGUUUGAAGGGCCAGAAGGUCACAGCUAAAUCUACUGUUUCACCACACGGUGGAUUUCACACUUGAGCACUUUAAUACGUAGAUUUAAGACCUACACCCUCUUUUCAUUCUGAACAAACCACUGAUCAGUUUCCCACAGUCCAUGUGUGUAUGAGAACAAACGUUUGAAUGCAUUAAAAAUGUAUAAAUGUACUCCAUGUCAACGCACCUUACAGUAUCCCAAUAUGUCAGUUCCUUUUUAUAUUCUUCUCACUGCACAUCUUUUUAUUUCCAGAGGUUUGGGGGUUCUGUUUCUUAAAAAAUACUCUAUCUCUGUAAGGCCUAUGUCAGCAUGUGAUAAUGUAACUCCGAGAUGUUCACCUCGUGCACAGAGCAGGCUUUCUAAUGUAAUUUAUCACUAUUUAUCACAAUUGGUGUUUUGUGUCAAGAUGACAACCUAGCAUAGGCCUUAUAGAGAUUAGAGACAAAAGUUUGGUGUGGAACGUUCAGCCAGGCACCUGCAGUGUCUUACAUCUGAGAUGCCUUUUACAAAGCUUAAUUUUCUCUGGGUACAAACUUGUAUCUAUCACCACAUCACACCAAUACAUUUUACAAAACCAACAGUGUAUAAUUCAUAAUUUCUGAGAAAAAAAAAAAACUGUUCUCCAUCGUUGUCAUUGUAUAAAGUCAUGUAAUAUUCAUGGGAAUGGAGGAAAAUUAUAUUUUGUCAUCUUUUUUUCUUUUGGGGUCAAAGGUCAUAUUUGUGACUGUAUGCAUCCAUUUUGUGUCUUAGGAUUGUUUUAUGUUGGACAGAUUUUUUUUGUUGCUUGGUACACUAGCAAUUACCUCAGUCCCACUAUUUAUGUCUUCAGAAAAUGGCGCAACCAGUAUGAUUAGUGCUUAUAAAAUUUUUUUUUGCUAAUCUUUUCCAUGCAAGUUGUUGGGUUGUUUGAAUAUUUUUCCUUUUAAACUCUAUGAAACUGUCAUUAAAAUGGUGUCAUAGUAGUUUCAUUAUGUAUUAUAUCUGUAACCAAAAUCAUUUGAAGGCCUGUUAUGAUGAUAAUGAAAUUUUUAACAAACAUUUGUACAUUUUGUAUGAGAGUUAUUACUAGUAAUACUUUAUUAAGUAGUGCAAUGAUUUUUUUAAUCCCUUACCCCGUCUUUUGGAUUUCAAAAGCUGGUUCAAUAAUAAAUGUAUAACAUCCUCUUCUAAAA